AUGAAGCCCUUCUCUCUAAAAACGGCCGUCUCGGCCCUGACGGUCCUUGUUCUCUCUUCCUUAACAAACGCCUCCAAUCCGUUGCCCAAAGGUAGCUUGCCCUUUGAACUCCCAAGUCCAAGACCAUUGGAAGGUUGCAUGUUUAGAUGCUCGUGGAGGCCUUCGCUAGACUAUUUUCCGUCUACUGCAAGCCACGACUCCACUGGAGCUGCAGAGGGCCUGAUCUCGCCCAGGAAGAAUACUUUUGUGCUUCCCGCAGGAAACAUUGGCGACUACAGUGUAUUUACAGAAUAUGGGAGAAACAAAGCCGAUAACCUAAGAGGGGAGAGUGCCCAAAUCUCUGCCUACCCCUCCUGGUUACAGGAAUCAACUUCUCUACAGCUGCAAGGUCCCAAUCCCAGCGGAAAUUCGGACAGUGCUGCCGAUGCUUCCAAUAAGCAAGGCAAUAAAGCACCAGGUGCUCAGGCAAGUGGCGGGUCUAAAGAAAAAGACGCUGAAAAACAUGACUCCAGUGGAGACGAAAGUGACAGCUCCAAGAGUACACAUCCUGCACUUACAAAACUGGGCAACAGCCCUAAACCCAAACCUAAGGGCAGUCCCAAAGGAAUCCCUCCCAAGAAGCCUGUCCCGACUCCCCGGAAAUACUCCCCCAAGAACAAGAACGUUCCCUCUCCUGCACCCCGUAAAACAACCCCCACUCAUUCCCCCGCGCCUGGCUCUCCCAGCAGUGCACACGCCUCUGGAGCGCAUGCAUCAAGUCACGCCGAUGCGGAUAAGGCACACGGCGAAGCUGAAGCGUCAAGCGCCGGUCAAAGUCAACAGCAUGCUCAGGGGAAGGGGGACGAUGAUUCCAGUUCUUCACAGGAGGCGCAGGCUUCAGGUGUACCAACUGAUGGGGAAGGGUCAAAACACCCCGACACGCAAGCUGGUCCUAUUACAGUCACUGCUCAAGUGCAUCAUUCUUCGGGCGACUCUUCUGAGGAAGCUGGAGGUGCAGGGGCAGCACAAAACACACAAGACGGAGCAUCCCAUGACAGUCCACACGCCACAUCAAGUGCCGCUCUUUCGGGAGGGUCGGCAGUCCUUGGCGAUGGCGAUGGCAUAGACGUCUUAUCCACGGAGGAUGAGGCAGACGAACCAAAGAAAAAGGGAAGAAAAAAAAAGAAAAUGUCGCUAGGUGUAAGCAGAAACGCAGGCCUGAUGAGUGUUUUCGAUGGAAAGAUUCCGAAGGACGAUGAACAAGGAAGAAGCAAUCCAAGUCUUCAUCCAAACGGAGGAGGCAAAAAAUUUACGCAUCCCAUCACAGAAGAAGAGGAGCCAGAGAAAAAGCACAAGAAGGGUAAAGGCAAACGAGCUUCGAAAAAAGCAACCAAAACAAAAUUAACAGGCAAAGAAGAUAGUUUCUUCUGUGGGAGUGAUUUGGGAACCUUUUACAGUGGAGUCCGCGACUUGCAUAGCCAACUCGAAGCCAAAACAAAGAAGGUAACGCGCAGAUUCUGGAAAAGAAAGAAGACGAAAAUGAAGGCUGUCCAGGUGCGUAACCUUGCACCGACCGUAUGGGGGAAGUACGGACAAAACAGGCUUUCUUUAUGA